AUGUACUCAACUCUCUGUUUGUCUACUGGAUCAGAAUGUUUUAGUCUGUUGAAAAAGGAAUGUCUUUCAUCUGUGACUGAACAUGGGGAAAACAGGUCAUACCUUCUGGAAAUAUCGUGGAGUGAAAAUUAUCCAAAUUCAAAACCUGAUGUAAACUUAGAUGCAUUUUACAACAAAUAUCUGAAACCUGAAGUUAAAACAGAAAUUGUAUCCAAAGUUCUUGAAGAGGCAGAACAACUUCUUGGUAUGCCAAUGACAUAUACAUUAUUGGAAUGGGCAAAAGAAAAUUCGGAAAAAUUAUUAGAGAAUCAACCAGAGCAGUCAACAGCCACAGAAGACAGUCUUUCCACCAAGGAUACCAAUGUUCAUACGGUUCCUGAACCAGAGGGUGCUGUAUCAAAAAAAAAGAAACCACAACUAACAAAGCAACAAAAAAGAAAAAUGUUUGACAGACUAGAUGCCAAGGGAGAGAAGCCACGAGGUUGGGAUUGGGUUGACAUCGUGAAACAUUUGAGUCAAACAGGGGGAUCUAAGAGUAACACCACUGAAAGUUCCAACUCUUGAAGGUGAAAAAUUUUAAUUUCUCGAUAGAAAAUUUAAUGUUGUAUAGAACAUAAUGUGAAAAAAAAAGUGGUUUGUGUUCUUUGUGGCCUUUCAAAAAUGGAAAUGUUUAAUGUGAGCAUAAACAUGUUAAGAUGUGUGUUUUGAUAGAAGAAAAAAAAGUUUUUAACCUUGUAUAUGAAUAAUAAUUUAAAUCCUAAAAUAUCGAAAGGAACUUUACUUGACUUUGUAGAAAAAAACAUAUGACUUGUUGAAUAAAGCUAUUUUAUAUACCUGCACAGCCUUUUAUCUGGCUAGGAGUGAUUAUUCUAGAACUUAUUGUAAUGAUACAUAAAGAACACCUAAAA